CAGUAGGUGGCGGUAAAUGCACCUUUAAGCUGGUUUGCCAAUAACAUUUCAAGAAGAAGAAGUAAACACGUGUACACACCAGGACUUUUCACCACAUUUUGCGACAGGAUACACACACACACGGCAGUGCUUGACGGCAAACAAAAGACUACGACGAAGAAAAUGGCUUCAGCGACGCCGUCGUCUGUUCGCACGCAUAGCAUGACAACUCUUGAGCCGAGGCUGAUGGUCAAGCAGGAGCAAGACGACGACUCCGACGCAGAGGAGCCGACUGUGUCCUUCAGGAGAGCCGAGCAGCAGAUCAUCCACAGCGGGCACUUCAUGGUGUCCUCCCCGCACACCGAGCACCCGCCGAAGAAGGGCUACGACUUCGACACCGUCAACAAACAGACCUGCCAGACCUACCGCUUCGGGAAGACCAGCACGGCGCAUUUCUCCAUCGACGUCUCGCUGACGAAGCUGUUCGAGUGCAUGACGCUCGCCUACAGUGGAAGGUUGGUGUCACCGAAAUGGAAGAACUUCAAAGGCCUGAAGCUGCUGUGGAGAGACAAGAUUCGCCUCAACAACGCUAUUUGGAGAGCCUGGUAUAUGCAAUAUGUAGAGAAGAGACAGAACCCUGUGUGUCAUUUUGUCACUCCUUUGGAUGGAAAUAUGGACUCGGGGGUACAUCGGCCAACAGAGGCGAUCGCUACAGAAGGAAAGUACUGGAAAAGGAGAAUCGAAAUCGUGAUCCGAGAAUAUCAUAAAUGGAGAACAUAUUUCAAGAAAAGGUUACAGAAGCACAAGGAUGAAGACCUGUCCAGCCUUCUCAGGGUAAUUUUAAAAGGAAUAUUCGAUUUGUUUCACACCCUGCGUCCGCCAGCCUUCCCCCCCACUGCCCCAGCAGUCACUGCCUUAACCAGCAGCAGCUCCCAAACACAGGCUCCCAUGCCGCUCUCCACUGAGCUUCCCUCUCUGCCGCUGGACUACCGUCUCAUCCCUUCUGCUCCUUUGCCCAGCCACCUCUCAGUCGCCAGUCAGGAUAAUGGUAACGCUGUUGGCCCGUCCUACCAACAAACCUACAUGCCUCUUUUCCCAGAGCAAGUGACCCCCUCCAUCCCAGCGCCAGCUCCUCCUGUCCCAGCAGCCCCACAGCCUCUCCAGUGUGGAGGUGUUUCCACCGUCACUACAGUCUCGAGCGUCCCGGCUCCGUCCGUGAUCACGCACGCUGCCCCUUCCACAGUAACUCCCUCUGAUGCAGCCACCACCUUCAGUCACAGAUCAAGCUUUGAGCUGCCCACCGCACCGUCUCCACAGCCUGCGGUCUCCGCGUCACUCAGCUCACAGCCGGUCAACUUCGCCUUGCCCAAAUCCAUUCUGCCUCCUGUCUCUAGCAAAAAGGCCAGACAUCCACAGAGACAGAUUGUCCCGCUGCCAUCUCCUCAGCUCAUACUCACAGGUCCCUCCAGUGCUGUGAUUGUCACUCAGUCCCCUCUCAGCGCUGAUGUUGUCCCCAGCACUGGUAUGGUCAUUGCCCCCUCCAGUAUUCCCUGUGGUUCCGCUGGUUUUCAUAUUCUCCCUCAGACACAGAAGUCGCCACAACUAAUCGUACCCAAAGAGGAAACUGCCACAACUAUAUCCAACAACAAGACAUCCGUACAGUCAGCAAGUACAGCACAUGACGGACGAGUCUCAGGUCAAGGGUCGCCUCUGGGAGCAGAGCAAGUCCCGAGCCCCCAGUCACCCCUCAACCCCUGCUCAGGCAAAAAUGAAGCCAGUCAGGGGGAACUAGGCCAACCGAGCAAGAGCCGCAGAGUGAAUCACAUAUCUGCCGAGCAGAAGAGGCGAUUCACCAUCAAUGCCUGCUUCAAGACGUUGUGCAAUCUCGUGCCGACUCUCAGGUCUCAAUCAAACAUCAGUAAUGCUGCGACACUUCAGAAGACAGUUGACUACAUUAGCAAACUGCAACUAGAGAGACAACAGAUGCAGGAAGAGACUAAGAGACUACGAGAGGAGAUUGAGGAGCUUAAUACAUCUAUAAGCUUGUGUCAGGAACAGCUCCCUGAUACAGGGGUUCCCAUCGCACGCCAUCGCUUUGACCACAUGAAGGAGAAGCUUGACGACUAUGUGAAGAACAGAACUCUUCAGAACUGGAAGUUCUGGAUCUUCAGCGUCAUUAUUCAUCCUCUGUUUGAGUCCUUCAAGGCAACGGUGUCGACCGCCAACAGCACAGAGCUGUGUGAAACCACCAUGCAGUGGCUGGAUCGCUACUGCGCCCUGCCAGUCCUCCGGCCUAUGGUACUCCGGACGUUACGACAGCUGUGUCCCAGCACCUCUAUCUUAUGCUGA